UACCUCUCCGAGCGCAAGUUUGUCCACCGGGACUUGGCCACCCGCAACUGCCUGGUGGGGGAGAACAUGGUGGUCAAAAUCGCCGAUUUCGGUCUCUCGAGGAACAUGUAUUCAGCCGACUACUACAAAGCGAAUGAGAACGACGCCAUUCCCAUCCGCUGGAUGCCCCCCGAGUCCAUUUUCUACAACCGCUACACCACAGAGUCCGACGUGUGGGCCUACGGGGUGGUGCUGUGGGAGAUAUUCUCCUACGGGAGGAUGUUUCUCUGCCAAGCAAGAAGUGUGGGCUGUGCCGACCGGCCAAGCUUCGCCAGUAUCCACCGCAUCUUGGAGCGCAUGUACGAGAGGGCCGUGGCCACCCCGUCGCUCUGA